AUAUAAGUCGGUUGGUUCUUGCGCGGGUUACAUCUAUGCGCAAUUUUUAAUCCAGUAACCGGUAAAUAAGUGUUUUGAUAUGCGAAGACUAUUGCAAAAGUGACAUAUACUGUUUAUAGUCAUUGUGAUAUAAUAAACUUUGCAGUUAAUUAUGGAUUUAAAGUGAAAAUAACCAUAUACCUCUUUUGUGCAGUGAGAUAUCAGUGACUGGCCGGUAUUGUUUACUAUAACGCGUAAGCGACAAGCUCCGCACGGCGCUUAAGCUCUUUUGGACGGGAAGUCUUGUUGGUUUAGUUAACGUUAGCUGUUGAUGUUAUUUACAUUGUUUUACGUGCCUACUAUUUUAAAUAAUCUACCUCUCGUUUAAAUAAAUACAAAAUACUAUUAUACUAUGGAUUGCAAAACAUGUUUCGUUAUUGUAAAUGAGGAGGACUUAAUUAAUUGCUCUGCAUGUCGUGGCUCAUACCAUUACGCAUGCAUAGGAUUAAAAGAACUGGACUUUAAGAAAAUGUUACCUAUGAAUAAAAUUAAAUGGAAGUGGCCAUCGUGUAAAUCCGGUAAAAAAAAGGAUAAUAAAAACAGCCCCAACACACCUCGUCUGGAAUGCAGCUCAUCGCAAUCGCAAUCUAUGAUAAACAUUGAUGCAAAUGCCAUUAUGGAACAUUUUGACGGUAGGUUUAGUGCGUUGCAAUCUGCCAUCGACUCCCUGAAAUCCGACGUUAACGACAAGUUAACAGGACUAUCAGCUACUGUUAAUUCAUGGGAGACUAAAAUGAAUGGUUUUGCAUCAUUAAUUGCUUUGAUAAAUGAACAGAUUUCCGAUCUUAAAGAGGAAAAUGAUAAAUUGAGGCAAGAUCUCGACCAUAUCCGAUCAAAAGUGAGGGAUAUUUCUGACUGCAAUGAUCGCAAUGACCAAUGGGUUCGCCGUUCAAACAUACAAAUAAAUGGGGUUCCUGAGAAAAAGGGUGAAAACCUUUUAAGCUUAGUGAAGUCCCUAGCGCAAAAAUGUAAUUUUAUAAUUAAUAUAGAUAGUGAUGUUGAUUUCGUAACUCGUGUGGCGGUUAAGAAUGAUGCGGACAAUAAAACACCGAAGCCGAUUAUUUUGAAAAUGCAUUCGAGAUAUAAAAAGGAUGAUUUUCUAUCAUUGUUACGUAAAUUGAAGAACUGUACCGCUAGCGAUAUUGGUAUUACUGGGGCACAGAGUGGCUAUAAGAUAUUUUUCAACGACCAUCUUUCGGCAAAAAAUAAGCAUCUUCUCAAACAAGCGAAGCGAUUGGCGAAGGAGAAAGGCUACGUCUACUGCUGGGUUCGUAACUGUUCGAUCAUGGUGCGCCGCAGUGAUCAAUCGCCAAUUAUACACAUCACGUCUGAACGCUCUUUAAACAAAAUUGUAUAAGUGCUAUGGUUGUGUCAUACUUUUCUUACUGCUUAUUGUUUUUGACUAUAAAUGUAAUUGAUUUAUUUUUUAAAUUAAGUAUUGUGUUCACUGGUUAUCAACUUGCUUUUUAUAAAACUACCACUGUAAUAUUGUUGCAAACUCAAAUAUUUUAUUUUAAUGUUGUAAGAUUUUAUCAAAUUGCAUUGGAGCCGGCUAUAGACUUACACUUUGGGUUGUUUCUACUUUAUUAGAACGUUCUAUACUUAAGAAACUAUUUAGUUAAACUUAACAUUUUCAGUGUCAAUUAACAUAUUCAAUCAAAAUGCAAGAGGUCUGCGGACGAAAGUUAAACAAUUUUAUAGUAAUAUUCUAAACUCAGAUUAUGAUAUUAUAUGCAUAAGCGAAACUUGGUUGUUACCAGGAAUCUAUGAUGCUGAGUUGUUUGACUCUCGGUAUAACGUGUACCGUAACGAUCGUGACUAUGAUAAUUUAACUAUUAAAAAAGGUGGUGGUACCAUGAUUGCUGUUCGCCGAGGGAUAACUGUGAGUAUGCAGGGACUACGCAAAUUACCUUUUUUGUAUGAUGCUGACGUAACAUGUGUUAAUAUUUUAUUGAAUCGGGCACCGAUGACAUCAUUGCUGAGACUAUUUUGUUGCUACUUCCCCCAAAAUGAUUAUCAAGCGGCAGCGGAAUUAUCGUUUUAUGAAUAUUUAUCUGAUCUUAAAAUUGACUAUCCUAAUGAUAAGUUUUUAUUGGUAGGAGAUUUUAACAUAAGGGUUGCUAGAUGGAUCCCAAAUCCACAUUCUUCAGGUAGUAAUUUGUAUCUUGAUAAUCCAUAUGAUAACAUAUUGACAUCGCAACUGUUUGCGUUUUUAUGCUUUAAUGACUGGUCACAAUAUAAUCACGUUAACAAUAUGAACGACAGACAGUUGGAUUUGGUGAUUUCCGAUUUGAAGUAUAUUGUACAAAGAGUCAUGCCGUUGUCAUCGCCGGAAGAUGGCCACCAUCCCUCUUUAUGUAUUGACUUAAGUAUUGAUUAUACUCCAAGUCUGUGUCCAGCCAACCGGAUAGUACGACGGUUUCAUACCGCGGAUUAUAAUAAAAUUAACCAAGAACUAUCAAAUCUUGUUUGGGAAGACCAUUUAAAUGUAAACGAUAUUGAUACUGCUGUUGAUAACUUUUAUAAAAUUGUGCGUGAUGUGAUAAAUAGGUUUGUCCCACUUAAAGUCGUUAAAAAUAAUAAUAAAUAUCCAGUCUGGUUUAAUAAGCGUCUAAUUAAACUCAUAAAUAGAAAACUUAAACUUCAUAAAAAAUGGAAAAUUUAUGGUAGACAGUAUGAUUAUGACAACUUUUCAAAUACACGGCGUGAUAUUAAAAAAUAUGAAAUUUUGUGCUAUGAACGAUUUAUUAAUCAUGCUGAGAGAAAUAUUCAAGUUGACCCAAAAUACUUUUGGUCGUUCGUUAAAUC